UGUGUCUGGAUGUGAAAAUUCCAGCUAGCGCUUCUGUCAGUUAACGAUGCUCCAGUGCUGCUGUUAGUUCAGUCCAGACCGCAGCGACGUGAUGGACACGACGCAUGAAGGCAGGCUGACGAGAAGGCGAGAGGCGCUCCAGUGACUCCGCAGCACAUUUCCUCUCUCUGCUCAGCAUGAAUGGUCUGAUGUCUGCACGGGCUCUGUGGUUUUGGAUAAUUGCUUUUGUUAACAGACGCUCUGAUGUCUGAUUGAUUUUCUUCUAUUUUAUCUGACAAAUAUCCAGGCUGUUGUUCAGUGGACUGGCUCCUGUCGGGGUGCAGCUGGAUUCUGGUCCCAUUCUGCUCUGGGGCCCUCUUUUUUAUUACAUAAUUAGCUUGAUUUUUUUUAUGGAACCUCUCCAUCUCUACAAUCUACAGCUCUUUUAACCUCAACAACAAAUGUGCAGCAGAAUGGACAAUCUGACUGCACUUCAUGUGGCUGCCCUCCACCGCUGGGCUCUGACAGCUGGUUUAUGACUGUGGACUUUGCUGCACUGUGUGUUGUGUUUCUCAUGCCUUGCUCGACAACUCCACUAUGAUAGGCUCACCUGACGUGGUGGCUUUCACUAAAGAGGAUGAGUAUCGGGAGGCAAAUCCCGACCCCUGGGCUCUACCCGAGGAGUUCUCUGUUCCCCUCCAUCCGCUGGCCGACUCCAACCCCUGGGCCAAAACCUCCUAUGCCAAGUUCACCAAAGACUUCAUCCUCAUCUCUGAGUUCUCUGAGCAGGUGGGCCCUCAGCCUCUCCUCACCAUCCCAGAUGACCCCAAAGUCUGUGGCACCUUCGAUCUCAACUACUUCUCCCUUCGCAUCAUGUCAGUGGACUACCAGGCCUCCUUCGUGGGGCAUCCGCCUGGCACUGGCUACCCAAGGCUCAGCUUUGUGGAGGACUCGAGGGUGGUGCUGGGCGACUCAAAGGAGGGGGCGUUCGCCUAUGUCCAUCACCUCACGCUGUACGACCUGGAGGCGAGGGGCUUCGUCAGGCCAUUCUGUAUGGCGUACGUUUCAGCAGACGAGAGGAAAAUCAUGCUGCAGUUCCAGGAGCUGUCCCUCCGCUUCUCGCAGGCCUCUGAGUGUCUGAAGGCUGGGAACAGGAGAGCGUUUGCCAAGGAGCUCCAAAGGAAGCUCCGGGACCUGGAGUACACCCACUCUGUGCUGCAGAGGGAGGAAGGCCUGCAGAGAGAGGCGGGGCCUCAGCGCAUGUACUCCGCUCAUGCUGUGGAAAAGGCCAACGAGCUUGCAAACGUGGAAAAGAGCAUCUACGAACACAGAGACCUGCUGAGACAGAUCAGCUCCUACCAUCACCGUCCCCGCCGAGAUCCUCACGCUGUUACCUGCCAGAAGUGUGUCACAGAGUGUUUGCGCGAGUGUGAAGAGCUGUUGGAAAAAUACGGCAAGCUCGCCAACCCCUUCAGUUACAGAGACAAAGGGGAGAAGGGGGAGGAAGGGCAGGGGCAGAUUGAUGAUGAAGGAGGAGAAGAAGAAGUGGACGAGGAGGAGGAUGAGGGCGUUAAACGAAGGCCGUCCUACACGCCACAGCUGAUCAAAGCUAAGUCUCCAAAGUGUUUCGACAAGCGCCUGAAGACCCUGCAAGAGCUGUGCGACGAUACUUUCUACGAGGCCACUGUGGAGCUCCUGAAGGAGACAGAGAGGAGUUUCCGAGGGGACCUGUGCUACCUGCACACACGCCGCCUGGACAGGGUACUGCGCAAGAAACAGAGAGUUACCAACUUCCUGUUUGAGGAGGACCUUGGUGAGGAUGAUGAGGAUGAAGGGGGAACACUAAGACCGUUCUGUGCUGUGAACCAUGCUGUAGAUAACUAUACACACUUAAAUCCACCUCCUAUUGUGCUAGGACCAGAACCUCUAGAGCUAGAUGUUCUGGAGCCUCCAGAUCUUUUAGACCCAGCCUCUGAGACCAGCCAUACUCAAGUGUUGUGUGAGCUUGGACUUGCGGAGGCCCAUCUGGAGUCCUCCCCCUCAGACCAGACUCUGGAGACCCAGGAGAGCUCGGAGGAAACCAAAGGGAGCUUCAGCAGCGAUAAGAGUGGGAUGGGUCAAGGAGAGAGACAACAGAACCUGGCUAGUAUGACGUCAGAAGCUCCUGAUCCUGAUUCUGACCUGACCCCUGACCCUGACCAUAACACUGACCUGGAGAGGGAGAGCAGCAGUGAAGAGAUCGAGACCACUGCUGGGGAGGACGAGGGUGACCAGACGCCUGUAUCUUUGCUGGAAGUGAUGUCUGAGCUGGAGGCCAGCAGGGAGGAGGAGUGUGAGGGCGUAACUGAUGGGGCUUGUGAGAUGGAGUCUGAUUUGUUGGUUCCAAUAGACACGGCGUGUUGUAUGGCCCAAGAGGGCUUCCUUUAUGAGGCUUCUGCCCCAGAGGCACCUCACCUUGGCCAAAGUUCCCACCUGCAGCCCUGUCAAACCUCUGUGGUCAACCAGGAGCCCCAGGCCCUACUUCCACUCCAGGACGAGUACGCUGUGGGUUCUCCCUGCUCAGAAAGCCCCGCACCUGGCCUGGAGCUGCCCGUUGGGGAUGCAGUGUCCCGCACGUCAGCAGAGGAUGGGUCAGACUGUACCAUGAGUGCUUCUACAGGGUCUGAUCGGGCUGCCUCACCUCUUGGCUACGGGGGGGUGGUGACCCUGCGUCAGAGGAAGAAGGCUGGACAAGGGGCCUUGAGGUUUGUGCGACAGUACCCAUUUGCCAUGCAAGCUCUGUGGUGUCUGCUGAGUGGCAGAACGCUGGUGGUGCUCGGGGCAGAUGAGGGGAGAGUCCGCCGACUGGUCGCUGCUCUGGCCCUCUUUGUGCCGGCUCCUGGCAAGUGUGGAGAGAGGGUUCAGGCCUGGCUGUCCUGCCCCUUCACUCUUACUGACCUGCAGAGGUGGAAACUCAUUGGAUUACAAAGAGUAGCGUCCCCCGUGGGAUCCAGCAUGCUUUACUCGCUGUCCCGCUACAGUCGCUACAUCUCCAUCCUGGAUGCCGACCAGAAGACCUUGCGCUGUCCACCGUAUCGUGGCCAACUCCUCGCCAACAUCGCCGACCACCGCACCUACAUCCGCCGCGGUUCCACCUACUUCCUUCACUUGCAGAGCACGCUCUGUCGCCUGGCAGCCAAGGCCUUCCUGUUUACCUUCACCCACCACCUCCACCUGCCGGUCAGCUCCACGGAGGGGCCCGAGGUUGUGGAGGGCCGACGCCGCUGCUUCCUGCAGGAGCACCUGGGGCUGGGAGAGGAGGACAGCCUGAUACUGUUCUACCUCAGCCAGCUCAUCACUCAGCAGUACCUGCAGCCCGCCACCGGGAGCAGUGCAGCAGCAACUUGUUUUAGUUUUAACUACACCACCAGCGUUUUUUACAAAAUCUGAUAUUAACCUGGGAGGAGGAUUCCUACACACGUUUUUGCAGAAAUCAUGUUGACCCUUUGGUCUCUGGACCGAAGGGGAUCUGGAUAAGGUCUUUUAGUUUCAGGACAAACUCUGAACUGAUUAUUAUUUAAUCUCUCUCUGCCUUGCUGUCUUUUCUCUGGUUUUGCUCUUACCUCUGUGUGCCAGAAAAAGGAGACAGAGUGAGUCGUGAAUGUCAGUGAGUGUGUACUUGCGUGUAUUUGGUCCAGAGCAUGUUGACACUCACAAACACACACAUCAGAGCGGACGAAGGUCGGCUCUGAUGAUUGUCCUUUCACUCAUUUGUGUGUCUUUUCACUUCCAUGGAAAAAAAAGAGUUACUUGCACACACACAGACACACACUUCAUUUUAAAAAACUCAAUCCAACAUGGCUGUCUGCAUCUCCUAAGUGCUGGUCUGACCUAGGCCAGCUCGCUAAAAGGUUCAAUCACAGCUCUUUGUUAACACCAACCAAUCACUGAGCGGUUUGUCCGCCAUGAUAUAAUCUCCGCUAUACGUGAACAUGUUUGUCAGGAUUAAUGUAACAAUCUCACGGAGAACAGACGUCUCUGAAUCUGUCCAGGAAACCUUGUUAGCACCAUGCAGGCUGGUCACAGCUGGUUUUGUGACAUGUCUAUUUGAAAACUAGCACACAACCUCCAAGGCCAGUAUGUUUCCGAAGCCGAUCCUUUUUAUAUUUCUGCCUCCCUUUGAGUUUUCUCUUUUGUGAAUUCAUUUUAACACACAUUCCCGCAGUAACGGAUGAACCUCCGUUUUGUUCAGAUAGAGGCACAGUGUUGGAUUUUAACUGAGUAGUAUUGACCUUUGAGAGUAAACACUCCCAGAGGCUGCUUUCAGGUUGUGAUGCAUGAGGAAGCGUAUUUGCUGUGUGAAGUAGACCCUGAGCGCUCCGCGUGAUACUGCAUGUCCAGAGAAAUAACGUCAUCACGCACACACUCACCCAGCAGCAGCAAAAACCUGUCGAUAUUAACCGCUGGCGAGCAUUUUCAUGGAUAUUACUCACUCUGUCAGGAGCAUUUUAAAGCUACUUUACGUAAAUGUAUUGAAUUUCACUGUUGUCUUACAGUUGUGUGAGAGUGUUGUGGUGUUAGCAUGAGGCUGUCUUGUGCCAGGGUGAAUCACCGUAUUGAUAAUAUUUCUGUUUUGUUACAUUUGGAUGAACAGACUUGGGCCAGAUGCUGAACAGUUUGGGUGGUUGAGCCAGUGGUGUUGUGUUUGUGUAGAUUUUAUUAUGGGAAAAACUGUUUUCCUGUGCCAUCAAAAAGCAAAACUCUAAGCUUGACACUUGAUUUAGGACAGUUGCCUAUUAUUUAUAUUUAUAUAUCUAUAUAUCUAUAACAAUCCUGUGCUGUGAAGAAAACUCAACGGUUCUAUAUUUAUUGCAAAAUUUCAAUUUGACCAUCAUGCCGAGGGAAGCCAGAUUUCCUCUUUGGAGGAUGCUGGAGAAUUUCACAAGUACAAAAUCUUCACGUUCUAAGUUCUGUUACGUCGGCCAGCGAGCCGACACACUAUCAAAGCUUCUCUGAUAGUAUUUUACAUUUUACUGUUCCUAAUUCUUUGGCGUCCCCGAUGGGAGCUGUACUUCUGUAUCUAGGAUGGUAACUGUACUUGUGGACUGCAUGGUCAGAGUUUUAAUGUGAAAGGUCAAACAAUGUGGGCUUAUGGCUGCUGUACUUCCUGCUACGAACAAGGCAGAUUUAGUUUUUUAGGCAUAUGCAUUUUAACUAACAGCAGCCUCACAUUUUUAAUUCCAUCUCAUGUAUUAUUUUAUUUUUGUGCAAUUUUGGCUGAAUUAUCUUUUUUUAUGCCAUAUGUGAUGUCUUUUUAUUUUUUAAUGCUUGGAUAACACAUUUCUCUGCUUAGCUGUAAUGAGUCUUUUUUUUUUAGUUGUUGUUCCUCUAAUGCAAAAAGGUGAAUGUAAUCUGAAUAAGCCAUACCACAGUGUGCUUAACAUGUCGUCACUCAGUGUCCUUAUGUUGCCAUAUCAUGUCUACCUUUUGUAUCUCAUCGGGAGGGGCUGUCGUGCUCGCUCCAGCCCUGUACGACGGCGAUGUUGCCAGUGAUUUUAA